UUACAUUACUCGUCGUGCGCGCAAGAUGAAUUGCAAAUAAUGUAAAGCAACAAAAAAUAUUAUUUACUUAUUAUUAUUAUGACACUUUAUUUCACAUAAACAGGUUAACAUAAAACAGACAAAACAAACCAAAAAUUUUUUUAUGUACAAAGGCGAACUUAUCUCAAAAAGGGAUCUCUUCCAGCUAACCUUUACCUCUAUUAGUAUUUAUUAUUAUUGUAUUCCGCGUGUAUGGUGGACUUUAAAUUGGAUCCGCAUGCGACUCUCGUGUGUGAGCAUCGUUAUUUACAUGCAAAAUAAAUGCAAAACGCUGUCUCGCUCACAUACCUACUCGAUACUUAACCGCGUAAGAUUGAGUUGCAUUUUUAGGGUUCAUUUCAUGGGUUAAUUAUAGCUUCGUCAUGUCCAUCUGUCUGUGUCCGUGUGCGUCUGUCUGUCGUGAGAGUUUAUUUUAAUGAUUCCUUUUCUAUGAUGUUAGGUUUAACCAGUGUUUUCAACCCUUUUCAAGACCCUCUAAAAAAAACAAAGUUUUCGCGGAUACCUUGUUACCCUCAGAGACCCACAUGAUCGCAUCGCUUCUCUUCCUUGACAAAACAUACCUAUUUUUUUUUUUUAAGUCUGGCCUACUGCGGUAAUGCUACAAAUUAGAUCAACUAAUCUUUUAAAUCUAUUACAGUAUUCAGUAUUAUACAUUGUUGUCUUGUAAAAACCAUGUUUACAAACGGUGAGUUUUUCUUUUCUACAUAAAAUGAAAAAUGGACAUGAAAAAUAUUGGAAUUCUCGAUUUUUUUUAGGUAAAUGGCAACAUCGCGCCGUCUCGCCGAACCAAUCGCGGUGAGCGACCGAGAUCACAAGCCAGUCAGCAUCACGUGUCGUGUGCAGCGGUCGUGUCGCUCCCGCUCGCAGCCCAAUUCACGCGUCGCUUGACAGUUGUGCAAAAUAAUGAACCACAGUGACAGUGUAUAGUGGAAAGCUCUAUUUUAACGUGAGGAUUUACCCAUUUUUAAGGAGGAGGAGUGCGAUUUUAACGAGGGAUGCGAGAGCUUGAAACCCUUCUAUAAACUUAAACUUUGUGUGUGCCAUGCUGAUAAGUACUAGAUAAGUGCUAUGUGGUGCGUGCUGGUGCUAUCUCUGUGGGUGGUGGGCGCGGCGGCGCACUACACCCCGACCUGGGCGGUGCACGUGCCGGGCGGGCCCGCCGCCGCCGACGCCGUGGCCAGGGACCAUGGCUUCGUCAAUCUUGGAGAGAUCUUCGACAACCACUACCACUUCCACCACAACUCGGUGGCCAAGCGGUCGCUGUUGCCCUCGCACGACCACCACGGGCGUCUCGAGGGAGACACGAGGGUGCGCUGGGCGCGACAGCAAAAAGCUCUGUCGCGGAAGAAACGGGACUUUAUAGUCUUCAACACCUCUUCUACAGUCGGGACGUAUGUCCCAUCGCCGUCAUCGGCGACGAAGAGAGAAGCAGGGAACAAGAGAGAGAUACCAGCGAGAGUGAAGGGUCGGCCGAGAGCCGCCGACUCCAAGUUUCAACUCAACGACCCAAAGUGGCCACACAUGUGGUAUCUAAACCGAGGUGGCGGUCUCGACAUGAACGUGAUCCCAGCGUGGCGGGAAGGAAUCACGGGCCGCGGCGUCGUGGUCACUAUUCUGGACGACGGGCUGGAGACCGACCAUCCUGACUUAAUUAACAAUUAUGACCGGAUGGCAUCAUACGACGUGAACUCGCACGACCCAGAUCCGCAGCCGCGGUACGACAUGAUCGACUCAAACCGCCACGGCACGCGGUGUGCGGGUGAAGUAGCCGCCACUGCUAACAACUCGCUCUGCGCGGUUGGCGUCGCGUUCGGAGCUAGCGUUGGAGGUGUGCGGAUGCUGGACGGUGACGUGACGGACGCGGUGGAGGCGCGUUCGCUCAGCCUCAACCCCCAGCACGUCGACAUCUACAGCGCGUCCUGGGGACCCGACGACGACGGCAAAACAGUCGACGGACCCGGGGAACUGGCCCAUCGGGCGUUCCUCGAGGGAGUUACUAAGGGUCGCAGCGGGAAAGGUUCCAUCUUCGUGUGGGCCUCCGGUAAUGGCGGGCGCGAGCACGACAACUGCAACUGUGAUGGCUACACCAACUCCAUUUGGACUCUCUCCAUCUCUUCCGCGACCGAACGAGGAGAGGUGCCGUGGUACUCUGAGAUGUGCAGCUCUACGCUUGCUGCCACGUACAGUAGUGGCGCGCUAAAUGAGAAACAGGUGGUGACAACAGACCUGCACCAUUCGUGCACCGCGGGCCACACGGGCACGUCAGCGUCCGCGCCACUCGCGGCGGGUAUAUGCGCGCUGGCGCUCCAAGCCAACCGCGAACUGACGUGGAGGGACAUGCAACAUAUCGUGGUCCGGACGGCGCGUCCAGAGCGUCUGAGCGCCGGCGGCGAGUGGCGAGUCAACGGCGUGGGUAGAAACGUGUCACACUCGUUCGGCUACGGGCUGCUGGACGCUGCGGGCAUGGUCCGAAUGGCGCGAAGUUGGAAAACCGUGCCACCGCAGCGGACGUGUGAACUCGUCGCGCCCAAACCGCAGCGAGCGGUGCCGCCCCGCUCCAGCGUGACUUUACAGUUGGACGUGAACGCGUGUCCGGGAGUCAACUACUUGGAGCACGUGCAGGCGAAGGUUUCCCUCUCCGCGGCCAGGAGGGGGGACCUGAAGAUCACUCUUACGUCACCAGCUGGGACUGAGGUCACGUUACUUGCUCCAAGGGCUCACGACUCGUCCCGCGCUGGAUUCACAUCAUGGCCGUUCAUGUCGGUACACAUGUGGGGCGAGAACCCCAUAGGUGUCUGGCAGCUCGAGGUGUCCAACGAGGGACGUUACAUGGGCAGAGCGACGUUACAAGACUGGUCAUUAAUUUUAUACGGCACGACCCAGCCCGCCGCCAAAAACGAUCCCAUACCCUUCCGGAACCCAAUAGUGCGCAAAAAGAGCAACGCCACUCGACCCGUCGUGGUCCAAACUAAGAAAAACAACAGAGGGAAACCUGUCCCUGUACUUCCUACUUAUACGGUUGGAGUCGUGAAAGGGAAGAGGAAAAAGAAUAAGAACUCCAAGAACUCAAAUAGGAACUCGCAGAAGUCUAAGCAGAUUCGACCAGCGACGCAAUCAGCGACGGAUAGCUCUACAGCGCGAGCAGCGACGUCUUCGGCGCCAGAUUUGAGUUUAAACUUGCAAGGGGAUUUAGGGGAUCCGCUGGCGGAUGCCAGAGGGCGCAAGAUGACGAGUCUGUUCGAGCACAAUCCGAAAAUCCAGUUAAUUUAUCCGGCGUCGCUGCAAGCUAACGCGGGCCCGCUCUCACAAUGGGAGCUCAUCUUCUAUGGCACGGAGACGCCGGCCCAAGAAGACGACGUGUCUUUGGACGCGCAGAAGGCUGGGACCUGGAACUCAAGGGAACCUGAGCCUGUGGACGAAGUCCAGCAGAACGAUAUAGAGUUCCCGCCAGCAUGGCAUGACUCGCAUUCGAUCCGCGAGGAAGCACCCUCAGACGCGCGCGCUGACGGCGCGGACGCGCUGCGCUCCGGAUGCACUGCGCGCGCGCCGCCCCCCUCGCACCGCUGCCUAGAAUGCGCGAAGGGUUUGCACUUGUACGAGGGGCGGUGCUUCACGCGCUGUCCGCCCGGGACAUACGCCAGCGAGUUACUGCAGGAGCGCAGCUCAAGACGACGUAACCUCACUUAUUUCGAGACGCCCCAGCACAGGAAAAGACAAGGCACUGACGCUCCUACAGCUUUGGAAGCUGCCGAUAUGGAAGCUUUUGAUAUAACCGCCAAGUCUCCUUUAGUCUGCCUGCCGUGUCACUACACGUGCGCGACGUGCUCGGGCCCGCACAAUAGCCAAUGCCUGUCGUGUUUAGAUGACGCUCGUCUUUUCAACAUGUCGGAUGUGGAGCCGCGACUCUAUUGUUACCCCAAUACUGUCCUACCGCAAAUCGAUAAUGCGAACUGGCACUACAGACUAAACAUAGCACUAUCUCUGGCUCUGUUCAUUAUUUGCUUCAUAUCACUAUAUUUUUUGACUGUUUGUCUUAUUAAAAAAUGCGGCGCAUAUUGCUGUGGUAGUCACUAUUCAUCUAACUUGGUUAACUCCAAUAUUGCUUAUAAUAAACUCGCCGUGGACGAGACUCAGCAAAAUGAAGCGGAGAUAGAAGAUGAAAUUCUACAAGCCAUAAAGUAUACCAGUGACAGUGACUCUGAGGAUAAUUUGAAUUUAUAGCGUCUAGCGAUAUUCCACUCCGAGUAUUAUGAAUUAGUCGAACAACUGAGUUGUAGCGAGUAGCAAAAAGUGAGAACGCUUUCAGACUAGCGUGUUUUCUUCGAGUAGAAACGCAAAUGUGCGCUAUUACAUUGGCGUGUGUCAUUCGUACGCGUUUAUACCACUGUAAGUGAAAAACUGGCAGAAUUGAGAAUUAAAGUAACUUUUUUACUUUGUUUAGACACAUCACUAGGUUUGAUAAAGCAAAUGCCCCAUUUCAGAGCGACUUCGGCAGAAAACUUUUUUCCUAGGUUGAGCGCAUAAACUACUCUAGUCUGUAAGCGCUCUAAGAGAAUAAGAAACGAGUGCAGGGCAAAAAUGUGAUAUUCCCGAAAUAAUGUCACAAGUUAAAUGUUAGUAUACACAUCGUCGACUGUAAAAUGACAAAAAACUAGGACCGUACAAAAUUUUAGUGUUAAUUAUUCGUCCAAAGAGAUUUCUAAAACUUCUUCUUUCCUUUAUUUGGUUCAAAUACUACGAUAUUCCACUGAGAUUUGCGAAUAAAGCACGUACGUGACUUGACGCAAUGUGGUUUUAGAAAAGCUGUAGGUAUAUAAGAGUAUGUAUAUAUUUGUGACUAUACUUUUUCGCCUUACGGACCCGAGUCAGAUACAUACUUAUUACGUGUUAUUUAUUCUCGGAAUUUAACUCCUUAAAUGGUAAUGUGAUAAAUUCUCGGAGACGUGAAAAAUAGUUUAUAAAAAGUAUUUAAAUAAAAAUAAAUAAAUAAAUAUUAAAAAAAUAAAUAAAAUUAAAAUAAAUAUUUAUAGGACAUUAUUACACAACUUGACUAAGUCCCACAGUAAGCUGAAUAAGGCUUGUGUUGUGGGUACUUAGACAAGGAUACAUAUAAUAUAUAAAUAUUUAUAAAAACUUAAAUACAUAGAAAACACCCAUGACUCAGGAACAAAUAUUCAUGCUCAUCACACGAAUAAAUGCCCUUACCAGGAUUUGAACGCGGGACCAUCGGCUUCGUAGGCAGGGUCACUACCCACUAGGCCAGAUCGGUCGUCAAAAUACAAAUAUAGUAAACACCCCUAUAAUGGAACAGGCACCAGUAAUGGGAUGGUAUAUUUAGACAAAUCUUGUAAUACAAGUAUUUACGAUCAGUUUUUAAUCGCUGGCAACAUUUUACCAUAAACAAGAGCCAAAGAGCUGCUUAAGUUUAAUUUUUCAUUGUUAUUUGUUAAUUUGAAAAUUAAGGGCGCCAUACAUCCCAUGACUGACUGGAACAAAAAACCAUAGUUUUAACUGGUUAAUAAUAUUGAAACCAAAUGCAGUAGCUUUCAUUAAAUAAAUAUAAACCAUCAAGGACGAAUUGGAUAUUUAACCUUUAAAGCAUAAAGCGGUAGAAAUUUUACAGAUGUCGGUGAAUUAACAAAAAUACUCUUUAUUUUCUCUUAAAUGUCCCAUGAUUGGUGCCGUUAACAUACUUCCUUGAUUACUAUAUCAAAUGCAAAAUACAAAAUAGUUUUUGUAUUUAAAAUACUGAAUACAGAAUAGAUGCUUUCAAAAUACUUUUUUUUAAUACAAGUAUUUUGCGAUAAAAGGUACUGUGAAUCGUGAAUAUCGUUGCCGGGGAGGUUUUGGGAUUAUGCUGAGCAACUUUUACUAUGGGACUAAUCCCGAAAACUCGAAAAAAAAUUUUACCCUCCCAUAGAAAAUGGACCAGCUGAAAUGUAUGAAACAGCCAGAAAUAUUUAUCGCGAUUUCGAGGUUGGUCCCAUAAUAAAAGUUGCUCAGUAUAAGCCCAAAACCUCCCUGGCAACGGGAAUGCACAUAUUUUUUGGCCACCUUGUAUAGUCUGAAUUAAAAAAUAUCACUCGGAAUUUCCGAGUUGCAGAGGCUCUCUUUAUUUUUUGAAAACAGUGUUUCCUGGUAAAAUGGACUUUUAAGUGAUGGUUUUUAACGGUCAAGCUAAAAUAUGUUGCUGGCUCGUGGUCCAUUAGGUCGACUACUUUGAAACCUUUAAGGAUUACUCACUAAGAUUAUCCGACGUUAACGUGAACUUUUAUUUUCUAAGUAGCUUUAAAAUCCAUUUUCUGGACCCUGGUCAAGUAACUGAAAACUUAGUGUACUUUACGCAAGGAGUUUUAAAACUUUGAAAAGUUGGGGUAAGUAAAACCAGGGUCUUUAAAUUUAUUAUUUCAUUCCUUGGUCUUAAGAGGUGAUCACAGUUAUUUUUGUUGGAUGCAAAUUUAAUAGUUUCCUUAGAUCUAGUGUAUUUAGGUAAGUAGGUAAUAAAGUAGGUGUAACUUUAGACACUUUUAUAGUGAACAAUUUUGCACACGUCAAAUCAAACAAAGCGAUUGAAUGAUAACUCUUGAACUACACCGUGGGCAACUAUAACCCGAUGUACUUCAUCAUGUAAGAGUAAGACAUUUUUUUUAAUAAAGGGAGACUAUCUAUCGGUCUGAGGGAGAUACACGUACUAAUCCGAGAGUUCUGGGCGGUCUUUCCACCGAUAAAUUUUAUAUGCCAAUGUGUUUUUUUUAUUUUUUAAAUUACAUAUUAUAAAUAUCAUCCGCCGUUCUUUUUGCCUUAGGCGUAGCAACGGCCAUGAAAAUUUCCAACUGACAACUUUACAAGUUUUAAUAUGUUGACGUUUAUAGGUUCUGUCAAGUCAAGUACCUACACUUUUCGAGUAUGAUUAUUAAAUUUGUCGGGUUAUUAGGUCCCACGGUGUAGUUAUAUUAGAAAGUAGGGUAUUUGAGAUUCCGGCUGUGAUCCGCUCUUAAAUAAAUGCGACCAAACGUAGCAAUAAUUCGUAAAGCAUAAUAUUACUUAAGGUAAAUUUGCUCAAGUUGCCAUCUUAUGUGUAGCUGUAGAGUAAGCUUGAUUGAUGUAAAUAUGUGCUACAUAUGUAAAUAAAGGAGUUCCUAUUUUUA